CUACAGUUCCCGCCAUAAACAAUAAACACAAAUUGUGUAUGUGUGCGUGCGUGAGUUGAUCUGGCCUGGGUUUGUGAUUUUAACGUUAUCAGUAUUUUGCAAAGAGAAUUAAUAUUUGUUGCUUUGAUUGUAUAAUUACUAUAUUCAAAAAAUGAAACUUCAAGAAGAUAUGUCCAAAAAGUAUGGAGUAUUAAAUUGUCCUCCAGUUGAAGGCAAUGCCAGUGCUGCAAUGUGUCAGAAGAGGUUAGAAUGCAAUUACACUGAUCUCUCUCAGAUUUAUCGACAACAAACUAAAGAUUUUUCGAAACAGUUUGCUCACAUUUAUGCAGUUCGUCUCAACUCCAUGAGAGAUGCAUUGAAGAUGAGAGCCAUCAAUAAAUGGGGUCCAGACAUAAAAAUAUGCCGAUUGGUCGAAUUGCAAGAGGCUUCUGGAGAGAAGUGUGUCAUUAUUGGGACACUUUUUUUGGACCAGCGAUUGAAACCUAGUAUUCUCAAAGAAAUUAGUGAAGAGGCCCAGUUGGUGCCCCAGCCUGUUCGUUCCAAUUUCGUCUCAGACUCGGACACAUUGAUCCUGGAGGAUGAGUUGCAGAGGAUUGUGCUGCAAGGAAGGCUGGAUGUCCACAAGGUGGUGACUGGUGUUGUGUGCGCAGUGCUGGGACACGAGGAUGCAAAUGGGGGCAAAUUCCACGUAGAGGACCAUUGUUGGGCGGGGCGUUUCGUUGAAGCUUUCUUGGAGAACAAAAAACUCCCUCGCAAGGCCCUUCUUAUUCUUGACAACGCUUCGUCCCAUCCAGAUGCUGAUGAGCUAGUCAGCGAUGGCAUUAGAGCCUUAUUUUUGCCUCCAAACGUUACUGCCCUCAUCCAGCCUCUAGACCAGGGAGUUCUAGAAACUUUUAAGCGAAACUACAAAAAGAGGCUGCUUAGAAAUCUACUGGAGAAGCUAGAGGACGGGCUGGGUGUCACUGAUGCUCUCAAGUUAAUCACAAUGAAAGAUGUUGUCUACUGGGUGUCAGAAGCUUGGGAUAACGUUAGGGAGGACACUAUAAGAAGGUCAUGGCGCAAACUUUUCGGAAUUGAAAAGGCAAGCCGCCAAGAGACAGCUGCUCCUGAAAACCAGCCAAGAGCAUGUCCUCCUGAAAAUGAAGAGCUUGUGAAUCUUUGUAACCACCUUCCAGUGGCUGAGCCCAUCAGUGCAGAGGACAUCAGUGAAUGGAUCAAUGGAGAUGAGGAUCAGGCCCUAACUGAUGACGUGAUUAUCCAGAUGCUCAACCAACCAGAAGAUGAUGACAAAUAUAUAGUACUGCUAAGUGGACUCAGUCUUGCCAACAAUGCUAACCUCCUGCAGGUACAGCUUUUGGUAGAUUGGCUCUCUGGAUUCCUAGGAGAGCCGCACGACCAGGAGAAGGCAUCCAAAGUUGUCAGAGUCAUCCUGGCAGGUAACAAUGUUCGCAGUGAUGAGAUGAAGAAGGAGGAUAAGGUGUCAAAAACUACAGCAGUGGAAAGCUCCAGCAGUUCUCUCUCAGCAGUGCAACUACUUGACGAGUUUCUGCAUCAGCUGGUGCAAUUCAUUGAUGUGGAUGUGAUGCCAGGAGAGUUCGAUCCCACCAACCACACCUUGCCUCAACAACCCCUACACUAUUGUAUGUUCCCGAAGGCAUCCAGGUAUGAUAGUCUACAUGGGGUGCCCAACCCAUACAGUUGUCUGGUGAAUGGGCGGAGGUUGACCGGAACAGCGGGACAACCGGUUGAUGAUAUCACCCGCUAUAGUCAGCUCACAGAUCCAGUGGAGAUACUGCAGCAGACACUGGAGUGGGGUCACCUCGCUCCAACCUCCCCUGACACCCUGCCUUGUUAUCCGUUCUACGAGAGGGAUCCGUUCAUUCUGGACGCCAGGCCCGAUGUUUACUUCACAGGCAACCAGCAAACCUUCCAGACCAGGAUUGUGGAAACGCCAAAUGGUAGUGGAGACACCCACAGAGUGAGGUUGGUAUGUCUGCCCAGGUUUGCAGAGACCUCAACUUGCGCCAUUGUCAACCUAUCCACCCUGGACUGUCAACCUAUGACUUUCGGGGCGGCAGGGAUGUAGCGAAGCCACCCAUCCCUCUAAUAUGGCGCAGGAAAUUUAGUAUUAAUUUAAUUCUUAAGUAAACCCUCCACUUUUAACUGUAUUCAUAUAAAGCCUUAAAAAGUAAGUAUUAUUUAUCCACUUUGUUACCAGACUUGCCUUUAUGAAAUGAACAUGAUUUUAUAUUGAUAUAAAUUUAUUCCAAUUGGGUAAUUGAAGAUAAUCUCAAAAACCAUUUUGCUAAUUCUAUCUCCCGUUAUACAAAAGCAGGAUAUCUUUUUUAGAAGUGGUACGUAUGAUAACACUACGCCAAUGCAGGUUCUGAAUGCAAUAAGUACCAGAACAAUGUUUUUAUUUAUCUCAGUUAAACCCUCUAAAAUUGUAUGUAUCAAAUAAGAAAAAAAUAAAUGAAAAUACAUUUGUUUAUAAAACUGAAUAGCCAUUGUAAUUAUAAAUUCAGUUUCAUUAUCUUGUAUAUUAAUAAAUAUUAUUAAAAUAUUAACAAAACAGCCACUGAAAGCUGUGAAAAUCAUUCAUGAAUGAACUCUGGGAAUUAGGAUUUACUUCAUCUUCUCAGUUCUAAAAUUAAUACCUGUGAAAGUACAUUUCAUGCUUCUUUCUAACUGUGCAAAAAAUUAUUAGAAAAAAACUAAGAACACAUUUUUAAUGUGUUGUUUAGUUUGGAAAUAGAAAGUAGAAUAACCAUUGCAAUGAAACUAUAGGUCUUUUUGUAUGGUUUUCGAAGAGAAGAAAUAUAAGAAAUUGAUGAAGGAUGAAACAGAAUGGUCUGUCUAUGUACUCUGUAAAUGGAGGAAUGGAAUUUUCCAACCUACACCAUUUUGAAGGAGGUGUAAUUGCUGAUCCUAUCCGGGUGAAUUGGGUAUCACUCAGAUUCAAGUCAAUAAGCCCUGAAGGUAUAUAGCCUAUAAGUCUAUAAUUUUGAGACUAUAUUGUGCACAAACUUAUUUUAUAACUGAGAUCUGAUUAGGUUAAUUUAAAUUUAAAUUUUUUAUUUUAUGUUUUUAGUUUAUAUUGUUUAGAUGAGAUUUAUCUUAUGUAACUGAAGUGAUAAGAGACAUAAUACUUAUUAGAACCAAGUUCACAGUCUAAAACCGUGUGAUAUUUAAAUAGUUUUGUGCCUUAAUAGAACACUUUAGUCUAUUGUUGUUGUUAGUGGUUAAAUUUCAAUUACUGUACCUGUGCUCAUUUAUAAUUAAUAUAGUAAAGAAGAUUGUGAAAAGCCUUA